AUGGCUUUAUUGGCUUUUCCAUUCCGACGGCACAACUUACUGGUUGAAGGACGGAAUAUUGUUUCUGGAUUGAUGGAUCGAUUAUUGGUGGAUUUUGAAGAUUCAUUUCAACCACUCUGGGAAUGUGAUACCGCAGUUGGAAAUUCUUUCGAUGAGCUCAUUCAUGACAAAGAGAAUUUUGGUAUUCAGCUGGAUGUCAGCCAUUUUCAACCGGAAGAAUUAUCGGUGAAGAUGCAGGAUGGGAGACUGUUUGUUGAAGGUCAUCAUACAAAACGAAAUGAUCAGCAUGGUGGUUUCGUGGAACGACAUUUCAUUCGGAAGUACACCAUUCCAAAGACCGUGUUACAAGACAGUUUGGAAUCACACUUAUCAGAUCAGGGAAUCCUUCGAAUAACCGCUAAGAAUAAAGCUAUUGAAAGUCCGCAAUUUGAAAAUAUUCCAAUUCAAUUCGACGAAAGAUGA